ACUAUUCGUAGUUCGACAGUGCGCUGACGUCGUCGAUUUGCUCGGCUCCUUCAUUUUCUCCGUCGUUGAAGCUAUCUCUGCCGCGUUGUAGUGAAGAUGGCCGCUGGUCCCCUCUCCGUUGCUCCCAACACAUCCACGAACAAUGAUGGGAUCCUUAUCGGCGACAGAGUUUACUCUGAAGUUUACCUCACUAUCAGCAACUCUCUCAUACCAGAGGAAAGGCUUCAGCCAACCCCGUCUAUGCUCGAUGGCCUCGACCUGCACACAGAGACCGAUCUCCGUAUCCUGGGUUGCGAGCUAAUUCAAUCGGCUGGUAUUCUUCUACGCUUGCCACAGGUAAACAUUCAAAAUAAACAUCCAGUACCGUCAACUUCUGAAAAACAUGAGUAAAAUAGUUGGUGUUGUUUAAUAACUCGCAGCUUUGUUUAUAUAACCCGUCAAAAUAAGGCCAAACAAGGGAAAUACCCAAGCCAAGGCCUAGCUAGUAACGGCUAACGUUAGAUCACAGCUAGUUCGCUAACUAACUUAUUUAUUAGCAUAAUCUAGUAGGCUAACUUGGUCAAUGACAGGUCAAUUUCUCGAAUCAGAUGAAUAGCAAUGUUAUUUAGCGCAAUUAUCAGUUUUAUACAAAUGUAAUUUAUUUGAAUAAGUCUUUGAUUUAAAUGUGCUGCGCUUGCUAACAAAGUUAGCACGAUAACAUCCGUGGCCGUGGGAUGACAAGAACAAAAUGGCGGAUAUCUAUUGUUGAAUUACAAAUAACGUUACAUAGAACUGUCAAAUUAAUUUAUUGUUCUUUACAUUACAGGUGGCAAUGGCUACGGGUCAAGUUCUUUUUCAUCGUUUUUUCUACUCGAAAUCAUUUGUCAAACACAGUUUUGAGGUAAGCCAAUGUGUCUGUUUCGGCAAAUUAGCAAAUAGAACAUUAGCUAGUUUGGCCACGGCACUCACUGGUGGUGUGUGUAGAGAACGUUUACGUUGGCGGCCAUAUUGUGAUUUACAGUAGCGUAGCUGGUUUGUGUCACGUAACCAGGCCUGUUUUGAAACUAUUCAAUACUCAUUGCAGCUAGCUAGCUAAUCAUUUUAGGUGACGUUAUCAUUGCAAAGCCUCAGAGUAAUGUUAGUGUUUUGCUAGCUAACUACAUACUACACACCGGGUUUGGCCGGUGUAGGCAGUCAUUGUAAAUAAUAAUUUGUUAUUAACUGACUUGCCUAGUUAAAUAAAGGUAAAAUAAAAUACUGUAAACGUUUUUAUUCUUGUGUCCCUAGAUUGUUGCUAUGGCCUGUGUCAACUUGGCUUCCAAGAUCGAGGAAGCGCCACGACGAUUCAGAGACGUCAUCAAUGUUUUUCACCAUUUAAAACAGAGUCAUAGAGGCAAAAGGUAAGCAUCCAUAUAGAAACUAUCCAUCGUUUCUGUUGGUCUUAUAAUUUUGUGAAAAAUGCAAAUGUAUUAAUCUUGCAUUAUAUUAAUUAGUAACUGUUUUAAGUAUCAUGAAUGAUGUUGCUCUGAUGUAUGAAUGUGGAAAAAAAUGCUCUUCUGUUGAUCCAUGCACUCUAAACCAUACUCUAAAACGUUUCAGUUUCCUCAUCUCUGAGCAGUGGUAGUUACAGCAAUAUAUUCACAGCUACCUACAUAGACAAGUAGAUCAGUGAAAGGUGAUACAUUAGCACCUCUAACCUAAAUAACUGUUGAUUGCCAAGAAAAAAACCUACUAGGCACCAGAGGACAAGACACACUGUGCUAGACGAGUGUGUCUUUGACUUUGACCAGAAUAAUCUGUUCAGUUCCAAUUCUAAGGCUGUGGUAUUAACUUGGGUUCUCUUUUCCCUUGCAACCAACUAACAGCGACCAGCUACAUUUACCAAAGCCUGGGUGAUGUGGAAUGGUACGUAGAGAUGAAGCAGUCGGCAUGACAACCAUGAGCGAGGUGUCACCCCCCCCCUCCCCUGGGAGACGCCCGUGGUGUGAGUCACUGCGGUGCACUGGGAACGGGGAGGACAGGUUGGCCGCAGGUCCUAGGCUGGGAGCCUUGGGGACUCCUUUGUCUCAGUCUAAGCUUUGGGUGUUUGCGGACCAUCUGGUAACGUAGCUCAAACACUACAUACUUGAUGUACUACAGAGCAACCUCCCUCAUUCACCAAAUGGCAUUCAUGGCUUUCACAGAAAUAUCACCUUUUUCUUUCCCCUUAGAACAUUUGCACAAUUGUUCACAUGCAUUAGUUCACUAUCUAGUAGUCCCCUGAAGCUCAGUUGGUAGUGCAUUGCGCUUGCAACGACAGGGUUGUGGGUUCGUUUCCCACGGUGGGGGGCUAGUAUGAAAAAUGUAUGCACUCACUAACUGUAAGUCGCUCUGGAUAAGAGCGUCUGCUAAAUGACUAAAAAUGUAAAUCUCGAUUUAAUAUUGAGGAGAUUUAAUACAUUUUAAGAGCUGGAUGGGUAGAGUUUUAAUGUAGAUACAUCACCUCUAAUUGAUGGACAUAAGCAGGGCUUUUCAGACACUUGCUUUUUAGGAAAGCUUUGUUUGGAGGAAACCGUUUGUCUUGAAAUUGACCAUGGUAUGCUAAAUUGAACAAAGUCAGGGUUUUGGAGUAGAUAUACCUAUUACAUCUGAUGCGUGACUGCAGCUUCUGUAAUAGCUUAGAAACAUGAACCGAAGCUGCACGCGUUUUCCAUGUCACCUGUUUUUGUCAUCCUGUCUAGACUACCGCUGAAGUCAGGAAACUAGUAAAUCAGACCUUGUUUUUGUAAAGACAAAGUAGUGCCAUAAAAUGCAAGUUUUAAUAGCAACUUUGGUCAUGUUUGCUCUGGUAACUGUUCAUUUAGAAAAUGUAUUUAGUUCUGACAGAUCUGGCAUCCCGAAGUAUUAGCUACACGGUCAUGUUACUACCAUGUCAUAUCAGACUACCAUAUGGCUACAGUCAUGUUACUACCAUGUCAUAUCAGACUACCAUAUGGCUACAGUCAUGUUACUACCAUGUCAUAUCAGACUACCAUAUGGCUACAGUCAUGUUACUACCAUGUCAUAUCAGACUACCAUAUGGCUACAGUCAUAAUAAUAAAUAAUAAUAUGCCAUUUAGCAGACGCUUUUAUCCAAAGCGACUUACAGUCAUGUUACUACCAUGUCAUAUCAGACUACCAUAUGGCUACAGUCAUGUUACUACCAUGUCAUAUCAGACUACCAGAUAGGAAUGUUACCACACUUGCAUGACUUCUGCUGUGGGGUCCUUCAUCUCCCGUAGGCAGAUUCUGCGUGUGGACAGAUCUGCCAGUACUGAAUGGAUCGUGAGAUCCGUGCUGCAUUAGUGCAAGGUUUUUUUCUGGGUUAACAGAGAUUAUGGGGGCCUUUAUACACUUCCUAGUGUAGAGGUUUCUGUAAUCAGGGUUCACUUGAAAAAGAGAUGUCAAUCUCAAUGCGACUUCCCUGGUUUAAAUAAAGUAUACAUUAAAAUCUGUUUUUACACCCAAUACAUGUAUGAGUCUAGACGGUGAUGACAAAAAUGUCUUUUUUUUGCCACCACUCACAUUUCCAGUCUCGUUGGUCCAUUUUCUUACAUAGUGUUUUUAAGUACAUGUUUUGUAGGUAAUCAAAAAUGUAGGCCAUACCUUAAGUAGUUUCUUUCCUUAACGUGGUGAAAAGUGCAUGUUUUGCUUGUAAGGCUUCUUAGUUGGGUGACUAUGUGACUGAAGUCAGUCAAUUGGUUCUUUUCUUUGUUUUAGACAGUAGUAGUUUUAAUCAGAUAGCUGACACCUAAGUUGAGAAUCUAUUUUUGCAUGCCUUUUUUAUUUUCAUUAUACAACAUUACAAGGGUAAAGAACUGAAUGGGUAGUCUAGGUUUUUACAAUGUUUGGUGAUGUUUCUGUUGAUAUUUCUGUCAAAGCUGUGAUGCAUGGUGACUUGAGGUAGGCAUGGAACAGUAACUCAAAAGCUUCCACUGAAAUCACAGGAGUCAACUAAACCCCCUAAAAACAAACCAUUUGGGCCUGUUGCUUUUAGUUGGUUGAAGGGGGAAAGAGAACCAGUCAAAGAAAGCAGAAGGGCGCUUUCUUUCUGUUUUUGAGGGGGGGGAAACAUUUUUGGUUAUUUUCAUUCUUUUGUAAAGCAGGAGUGCAAGUUCAUUGAUUCUUGAUCAGAACUACAUUAAUACCAAAAACCAAGUGAUCAAAGCUGAGCGGCGAAUCCUGAAGGAGCUGGGCUUCUGCGUGCACGUCAAGCAUCCGCACAAGGUGAGUCCCAGUUACAUCUCUCAGAAUACACAUACAGUGCAACUGUAGAUCCAGCCGGUGUUAUUCUGGCUCAAGUCACAGCUACAUUUAUGUCAACACUAGCAUUAGCCCUAGCUAUCAGACUAUACUAACACUGCUGUUGAAUUAAGGGUGUGAUAGUUUGUGUGACUCACAUGACACAGCUGUAGUUAUGGUGUUCUAGAACAUUCUGUUCUCAGUACAGGCUGUUGGUUUUCAUUCUCACACACCUAGGGAUUGUGAAACCGCGUUGGUUAUUGCAUAAUGUCAACUGGUCUUCUUCCAGAUCAUCGUCAUGUACCUGCAAGUCCUGGAAUGUGAGAAGAACCAGACUCUGGUCCAGACCGCCUGGUAAGUUCAUGACCUCUUCCCUAACUAACCCAGUGCCCUACGUCACAAACACCUGCUGUAUUACAGUCUGCCUCCACCCCUCUGUAACCUCUGUUCUCUGAUGGAUUCAUUAGUGUCUUAUUGAGAGCUGUUUGUUUUCCUCUUGUCCUUACAUGGCUAUUUAUAGUCUAUGAUUCUGGUGCCCAAGGAACUCAGUUUAACUUUGUCCUUUCUCUCUACUCUUUGAUUAAAGGGUAGUCCAUGCUGGUAAGUCUCAUAAAGAACCUCUGAACUCUGCUCCUCCAACCACAUGGCCUCAGGAAGCGCCCCCAUUGGCUGGCUGCCCUUCUCGGAGACAGUUAAUCCAGUGAGAGCUCUCUGCCGAGAUUCACUGAAGGGGCGGGCCUUUCCCAACUGCCAACGUCAUCUUGUUUUCUCUUGGGGGGGUGUCCAAAAGGAUUUGUAUUUUUGGGGUUUUGCUUCCUAGGUUAAGCAGUUUUUAAAUAUUUUUUAUAGAUAGCUCUAGAGAACUAUUGCAUUCUACUUAAACAUUUUUCUAGUUUACUUGCUCUAGAUUUGAAGUAACCAUCCUGAAGUAUUUUUUUGACUCAACCGUUUUCUGGGUAUGCCUUUUUGAUGCAGUAGUUAAAGUGUACCGUUGAACUGUCUAUUUGAUUUUCCCAAACUGACGUGGUCUCCAGACAUGUCUUACAGGCUGAUCCUGCUCAGGCUUUGUCUCCAAGGACCUGUCUCGCCACCCAUCAAUAUCCACCGGCCACUUUUUGCAGUAGUCUUAUCAGUAGUCCACAAGUCCAAAGUUCAAACCCUCAGCAAGUCUAGGGAAGCCUGUUCUGGGGGACCCCUGUGUGAGCUGGUUUUCUGAAUAUUGUCUAAUUGAUCUGAAAUCAUAUAAUUCACAGCCCACAUACACAAGGAUCACACUCCAGGACUGGCUCGGAGUGGUUAAAUGUGUUCAGACUAUUCAGAGAAGGCCAGUUUAGAUUUCAAUGUGUUCAGAGUUUUUGUUUUGUCAGUAAAGCUAGGUUUUGCAAAUCAUCCCCAGCAUCCAUUGUAUCCUGAAGGGGACACUUUGGGUGGGAAAGGGGUUGCACCAGCAGUCUUCUGUUCUGUCACCCCUCAUCUUUCUGUUUCAGUUUGUCUGACUGCUUGCUAGACGCCAAAACCAUCAGUCAGAAAUGUCCAUUGUCUGUCAGAUGUUGCCAUGACUUGCCUGAGCUAUAGCUUAUCAGGGUCACUGAAACUCCCAACUAGCUGCAAUUUAGAAUUAAACUUUAAACACAACUUGAACCCUGUUACCUUACAUGACAGCAUUGUGCAGUCCUUUUUGAUGGAGAGUUCAAGUUGAAAGCUACCUUACAUAUUGAAAGAACAGCUUUUCUAUCUUAACUGUUGAGUGCAGCAUGCCAUCUCAUCCCACAGCUCUAGUCUGACCUGUCCAAUCUGAUCCUUGAUCUGUGGUUAAGGGAAACUUCCAUCUCCUCUCAGCCAAGAGAUGAGUCGUUGCCUCUAUAGCCCAUGGCUGCAUUCUACUACGGGCUGCUGUACAGUACCAGUCAAACGUUUUUGGACACACCUACUCAUUCAAGGGUUUUUCUUUAUUUUGACAAUUUUUUUUCAUUGUAGAAUAAUAGUGAAGACAUCAAAACUAUGAAAAAACACAUGGACUUAUGUAGUAACCAAAAAAGUGUUAAACAAAUAAAAUAGCCACCCUUUGCCUUGAUGACAGCUUUGCACACUCUUGGCAUUCUCUCAAGCAGCUUCACCUGGAAUGCUUUUCCAACGGUCUUGAAGGUGUUCCCACAUAUGCUGAGCACUUGUUGGCUGCUUUUCCUUCACUCUGCGGUCCAACUCAUCCUAAACCAGCUCAAUUGGGUUGAGGUCGGGGGAUUGUGGAGGCCAGGUCAUCUGAAGCAGCACUCCAUCACUCUCCUUCUUGGUCAAAUAGCCCUUACACAGCCUGGAGGUGUGUUUUCGGUCAUUGUCCUGUUGAAAAACAUAUGAUAGUCCCACUAAGUGCAAACCAGAUGGGAUGGCGUAUCGCUGCAGAAUGCUGUGGUAGCCAUGCUGGUUAAGUGGGCCUUGAAUUCUAAAUAAUUAACUGACAGUGUCACCAGCAAAGCACCAUCACACCACAUCCUCCAUGCUUUAAGGUGAGAACCACACAUGCGGAGAUAAUCCGUUCACCUACUCUGCGUCUCCCAAAGACAUGGCGGUUUGAACCAAAAAUUUCAAAUUUGGACUCAUCAGCCCAAAGGACAGAUUUCCACCGGUCUAAUGUCUAUUGCUUGUGUUUCUUGGCCCAAGCAAGUCUCUUCUUAUUUGUGUCCUUUAGUAGUGGUUUCUUUGCAGCAAUUUGACCAUGAAGGCCUGAUUCACACUGUCCCCUCUGAACAGUUGAUGUCUGUGACUUGAACUCUGUGAAGCAUUUAUUUGGGCUACAUUCUCUGAGGCUGGUAACUCUAAUUAACUUAUCCUCUGCAGCAGAGGUAACUCUGGGUAUUCCUUUCCUGUGGCGGUCCUCAUGAGAGCCAGUUUCAUCAUAGCGGUUGAUGGGUUUUGAGACUGCACUUGAAACAUUUUCCGGAUUGAGUGACCUUCAUGUCAUUUAUCUUUGCUUAUUUGACCUGUUCUUGCCAUAAUAUGGACUUGGUAUUUUACCAAAUAGGGCUAUCUUCUGUAUACCCCCCCUACCUUGUCACAACAUAACUGAUUGGCUCAAACGCAUUAAGAAGGAAAUAAAUUCCACAAAUUAACUUUUAACAAGGCACACACCUGUUAAUUGAAAUACAUUCCAGGUGACUACCUCAUGAAGCUGGUUGAGAGAAUGCCAAGCGUGUGCAAAGCUGUCACCAAGGAAAAGGGUGGCUACUCUGAAGAAUCUCAAAUGUAAAAUAUUUUUUUGAUUUGUUUAACACUUUCCUUUUGGUUACUACAUGAUUCCAUGUGUUAUUUCAUAGUUUUGAUGUCUUCACUAUUGUUCUACAAUGUAGAUAAAUAGUCAGAAUAAAGAGAACCCCUUGAAUCAGUAGGUGUGUGCCCAACUUUUGACUGGGACCGUAUACCUCUGGUCACCUCCACCUCGGUCGUCUCUGCAUUCACAUUCAGUUUGCAUGCGCACUUUAGAAAGACGUCUCAAUAGUCAGGACCUCUGACUUGAGUAGUUUUCAUUUCUUUGGACGUCAUAUUGUUACGGUAAGGACCUGUGGGCUCUAGCUCCAUCUACACAGUCCUGUCCGGUGUACAAGCUUUUCAUCUGUGACGCUGCAUGUCCAGCACAACACCAACAUGGAUGCACCUGAGAGGGGAGUAGCAGGACAAAGCUAAACUAGUCUCCCAUACCGUUAGCCUAUUACUAUUUCAGAUGCAUAACUGUCUUUAUUGGCGUGGUCACCAACUGUGGUCCUCUAGAGCUGCAGGCUUUUGUUUCAUCCCAGCACUAACACACGGUUCAAGUAACUAAUGGUCAAGCUGAAACGAGCCUGCGCCACCUGUAGCUGUAGGGGAUCAGCUGGUGACUCCCCAGACCAGUGUUUCAGUGUGAUGUUGGGGAGGGACAUGAGGCUGUGGGGAGAUGGUGCUAUGUUUCUGUAUGUUGCUUGUGUCUUGUAGGAACUACAUGAAUGACAGCCUGAGGACCAACGUGUUUGUGAGGUUCCAAGCUGAAACUAUCGCCUGUGCCUGCAUCUACCUGGCUGCCAGAGCUCUGCAGGUUCCAAUCUCCCCAUCUCUAGUCUUCCCCUGACCCCCACCAUCUCUAGUCUUCCCCUGACACCCACCAUCUCUAGUCUUCCCCUGACCCCCACCAUCUCUAGUCUUCCCCUGACCCCCACCAUCUCUAGUCUUCCCCUGACCCCCACCAUCUCUAGUCUUCCCCUGACCCCCACCAUCUCUAGUCUUCCCCUGACCCCCACCAUCUCUAGUCUUCCCCUGACCCCCCGCCAUCUCUAGUCUUCCCCUGACCCCCGCCAUCUCUAGUCUUCCCUGACCCCCGCCCAUCUCUAGUCUUCCCCUGACCCCCGCCAUCUCUAGUCUUCCCCUGACCCCCACCAUCUCUAGUCUUCCCCUGACCCCCGCCAUCUCUAGUCUUCCCCUGACCCCCGCCAUCUCUAGUCUUCCCCUGACCCCCGCCAUCUCUAGUCUUCCCCUGACCCCCGCCAUCUCUAGUCUUCCCCUGACCCCCGCCAUCUCUCCUGUAAUAGGAUGAGUCUCUUAACCAGUGUUCCUUACCCAUCCUAUUGAAUGGCCCUAUUUGUAGCAUCAUUAACUAAGUGCUGUGUGUCUGUAGAUGCCUCUCCCAUCCAGACCUCACUGGUACCUGCUGUUUGGAGCCACAGAGGAGGAGAUCAAGGAUAUCUGCAUCACCACCCUCAAACUCUACACCAGGAAGAAGGUACAAAUCACCCCCUAAACCUUCUAUCAACGCUGUAACCAUGACUGUUCAUCCAUACAUCCUCCUGCUGUAUAACACAAUACACCACACACCGUACCUUCUUACAGUCUCUCUCUCUCGGCCAGCCUGACUAUGACCACCUGGAGAAGGAGGUAGAGAAGAUGAAGAUGUCUCUGCAGGAGGCCAAGCUGAAGGCUAAAGGACUGAACCCUGAUGGGACCCCAGCUCUGUCCAACCUGGGAGGCUUCUCGCCCGGAUCCAAACCCUGUGAGUUUACCUUAAUAUAGCUGUUAAUUUAAACCCGGCGUUUACCAUAGCUGUUAAUUUAAACCCGGCGUUUACCAUAGCUGUUAAUUUAAACCCGGCGUUUACCAUAGCUGUUAAUUUAAACCCGGUGUUUACCUUACCAUAGCUGCUCAUUUAACAAGUGCCCUGCCCAAGUCAAGUCAUCAGAUAGAAAAGGACUUUGAUUAUGUUGGGUUCAUAGUUCAACCUGUCUGAAGAUAUAUUUUUAUAUUUUUUGUGUGUUAAGUACAACAAUAUUACACUUCUAAAUGGGGACACCCGGUCUAAUGACAUGUUGUGUUCCCCAGGUUCCCCCAAUGUAGUGAAGGUAGAGGAUAAAUCUCCGAACCCCCAGGCCCUCAAACCUGUAAAGAAAGAACCAGACAGCAGAGCCCAGGGCUCCAAAAGCCCACACAACGGGUGAGGAACACACACACACACAACUCUUAACUACUCUUAAACAUAGCAGGGCCUUUCGUUCUGUAAGAAAAUGUUUUAUUUUCCAAUUUUAAGCAGGACACCCCUAAUGGAAAUGCCACCUUUAUGUCUUUCUUUCUGUCUCUCUCUGUCAGGCUGAGGAAGGAGGCUAAGAUCGGGAGGAACAGCAGGAGUAGGAGUGGAUCCCUUUCCAGAACUCGCUCGCGAUCACGCUCCCCACGCAGACAGUAAGACUUUAGUACUUAAUUCAUUAUGUAUGCUUUACUACGGUACUUACGGUAAGGUUUAAGACAGUAUUUUACAGCCAGUGUCACACUCGCAUGUAGUAAUAUUCAGCUGGACCCCAGUCUUAACACUUCUCUUUACUCUCUCUUCAGUUACAACAGCCGGCGCAGUCGUUCUGGGACCUACAGUUCUCGUUCUCGCAGUCGUUCUCACAGUCGCAGCCCCUCACCCCCGACGCCAUCCGUCCUCCCCCCUCCUCCUUCCACACCUCAAGCCAAAGCCCGGCCACCAUGGCAACAUCGACCCCAAGCCAUCGAGUCGUCAUAGCAGCAGCGGCGGAGGGGCUCACAAGAGGAAGAGGUCAAGGUCGCGCUCUGCCAGCAAAGGGGAGAGGGGACGGGAGAGAGGGAGGGAGCGGGACAGAGACCGCAGCACGUCGGACCUCUCGUCGGCCAAGAAGCACAAGCACGAGAGAGGUGGGGCUGGGGGAGGACAUCACCGUGGAGACAGGAGGGAGCGGUCCAGGUCGUAUGACCGAGAAAGGGAGCGCACCCACAAGAGCAAACGCCAUAGCAGCAGCAGUGGACACUCAGGGCACGGACACCAUCGCCGCUGA